AUGUAUAGGGCCAAUCUAAUCGGGUUCGGAUUGGCGGUGGGCUCGAGCGCGUUUAUUGGGUCGAGCUUCAUCAUUAAAAAGAAGGGUUUGCAGAGGGCUGGCGCGGCUGGUUCCCGUGCUGGUUCAGGAGGAUAUGGAUAUUUGCUAGAACCACUUUGGUGGAUUGGAAUGGUUACCAUGGUCAUUGGGGAGUUUGCCAAUUUUGUUGCUUACAUGUAUGCUCCUGCUGUCCUUGUGACACCACUUGGAGCAUUAAGUAUAAUUGUCAGUGCUGUUUUAGCUCAUUUCUUACUCAAAGAGAAAUUGCGGAAGUUAGGAAUAUUGGGAUGCAUGUUGUGUGUCGUGGGUAGUACAGUCAUUGUGCUUCAUGCACCCGGGGAACACAGUAUUAGCUCAGUAGAAGAAAUCUGGGAACUAGCCGUACAGCCUGCUUUUCUUAUGUACAUUGCUUCAAUAGCAGCAGUGGUCUUGGUACUUGUGUUGUAUUGUGAACCGCGGUAUGGACAGACAAACAUCAUGGUUUAUAUCGGUGUUUGUUCUGUUGUUGGAUCUAUAACAGUCAUGAGCAUAAAAGCAAUAGGUAUUGCCAUAAAACUCACCCUGGAGGGUAAUAACCAGGUUGCCCAUUUCAAGUCCUGGGUAUUUGCAAUGGUUGCUGUCACUUGCAUUGCCACUCAAUUGAUCUACUUAAACAAGGCCCUGGACUCGUUUAACACUGCUGUAGUAUCUCCAAUCUAUUACGCAAUGUUCACAUCGCUCACGAUUCUUGCAAGUGCCAUAAUGUUUAAGGAUUGGUCUGGUCAGAGUACUAGUAGCAUUGUUUCAGUUCUCUGUGGAUUUGUAACCGUGCUUUCGGGUACAAUGGUGUUGCACAGUACAAGAGAUCCCGUAAAGCAGCUAUCCUCAGAUUAUACGGCACUUCCUCAAAUAUCGUGGCUCGUCCAUGCAAAUGGUGAGAUAUGGAAACAGAAAGAUAACGAUGAAUUGUGUUCCGAAUAUGUGGCAAUUAUACAUCCAGACCAUUUUAAGUGA